GUGCGGAACGUGGUGGAGCUCGCGCUUGUCCGGUUGCUGGGGUGACGGGGCGGAAGCGGACCUUCCUCCGCGCGCCAUUUUCAAACCGCUGGUUCGGCCCAGCUGCCGGCGCCGAGGCUUGCGGAGCCGGAGUCCCCGGUCACCUUGAUUUUGCUGGGAGUGAUAAAACCACUUUUGAAGCAUAUUCACAAUGAGCACGGCUGCAGAGCGAAAGUUUAUUAAUCUCAGGAAGAGGCUAGAUCAGCUGGGCUAUCGACAACCCUUAGGAGUGGAGAGCUUGCCUCUGGUGGAAAAACUUUUUAGUGACCUUGUCCAUACAACAGAGAGCCUGCGCAGUACAAAGUUAUCUGCUGGAAAAAUUGAAAAAGAGUGCAGCAAUUUUGAUGCUAUUCUAGAACCUUAUAAAGCAGAGAAUGCUAAACUCACGAGAGAAAAUAAUGAAUUACAUUUAGAGAUAUUGAAACUGAAAGAACAAUCUGAUCGUCAUGUUAAAGACUUGAAGGCCACAUUAAGAAAGGUUGAACAUGAGACAGCCGACUUGAAGUUUCUGAAUAAUCAAUAUAUACAUAAAAUUCGAUCAUUAGAGCGAGAUAACAAAGCCAAGACUGAAAAAAUUCAGCAACUUCAGGAGAAGAAUCUACAAGCAGUAGUACAAACUCCAGGUGGCAGGAAAAGAAACAUUCCAUUCAGGCGUCAACUCAUGCAGAUUGAUCAACCUGUCCCUCCUUCAGGAGUCAGCACUUAUCCAAUUCCUCAGCCAGAUGACCCCUAUGUUGCAGAUCUUCUUCAAGUGGCUGAUAACAGAAUUCAUGAACUUCAGUUGGAAGUAGCCGAAUUGCAAGAAAAGCUGGAGAUAUCUGAACGUGGGGUGAAAAAUUAUAGCAAACAGGUUGAGCUGAGAGAUAGAGAGAUAGAACGUCUAGUACUAGCACUGGAUGGUGGUCGCUCUCAUGAUGUUAUAUCUUUGGAAUCCAGAAGUAAAAGUAACGAGAAGCUUAUUGCCCAUUUAAAUUUGCAGGUUGAAUAUCUUCAGCAAACAAAUAGAGAGCUUGAGAAUCGCAUACAAGACCUUUUGGACACCAGACAAAAUGUCACUAGUGAAGUGGUUCAUUUAAGCAAUAAAAAUGAAGAACUUUGCCAAGAACUGAGUGAGAUAGACCAUUUGGCACAGCAAUUGGAAAGACACAAAGAAAUUGUGCUUGAGACUGCAGAUAAGGAAAUUGGGGAAGCUAAGAAAGAGAUUAAAAGAAAACAUAGUGAAAUACAGGAUCUUGAAGAAACAAUAACGAGAUUUAAGUCAGAGUUAUGUUCGUGUCGGAGAGAAAAAGAGAGGCUGGCUGAUGAACUCUUUGGAAAAGCAGAUGAAAAACAAAAUUUUGAACUAUUGUUAAACCAGCUUGAGCAAGAGAAACAAAGGCUUUCAGAAAAAGUUGAAAACUUUGAAAUUAUAGAACGAGAACUUGUCUUAGAAGUAGAGAGAAUGAGGUUAGAAUAUGGUAUAGCUUUUGGAGACAAGUCACCUUCUCGACUAGAUGCAUUUGUGAAGACUUUAGAAGAAGACAGGGAUUACUAUAAAAGAGAGCUAGAAUAUCUUCAAAAGAUGAUAAAACGAAGAGCUAGCCCAUGCCGUAGAUCUCCAGAAAAGAGUGAAAAUGUGAAGUUGAUCACGAGGGAAAGAGAUGAACUACAAUCUAUGUUGGAUAGAUUUGAAAAACACAUGAUAGAAAUUCAAUCCAAUGUCAAAUUACUGACUGCGGAAAGAGACAAAUUAAAUGUCCUUUAUGAACAAUCUCAGGAUGAAUUAAAUAGGUUAAGAAGAGAGGCAAAGCAUACUUUAGUUUCUCAAAGUCAUGUGGAAGAGGAAAGAGACAUUGCAUUAGCUGACUUCAGAAGAAUGAUGGCAGAAAAAGAAAGUCUAAAGGAGAAACUAAAGGUCCAGCAGGAGGCAACUGCCUUUGAGAAAUCAAAGAUGGAGCAUAACAUCACAGAACUGGAAAACACGAUUUGUGGGUUUGAAACACAGCAGUUUGAACUGAAGAGUACAAUCUCUGUACUGAAAGAAAGAAUAAACUCUCUGGAAGAUGAAUUAAAAUCAAAGUCUUAUAAACUUGCCCAGACAUCUGAUAACUCUUCACAAUUUAAAGCUGAGUUAUGCUCACUUCAGCUAUUAAAUGAACAACUACAGCGGUCCCUUGAAGAUCUUCAGCACCAAUCCUCUCUUAAAAAGGAUGAACUUCAAUCAGCUCAAGAGGAAAUUGCAAAGCUAGAGGAGAAAAUAGAUAGGUUAAACCAUAAGAGCUCUUCACAGGAUGAGACCGUGAAUGUGCUCAGAAGUACCAUUAGUGUCCUGGAUAAGGAAAAGGACAGUCUUCAGGAAACUGUAGAUGAAAAGACAGAAAGAAUUGCAUGUUUAGAUGACAACUUAGCUAACAAGGAAAAAACAAUUGCUAAUUUCAGACUAACUCUGUCAGAACUGGAGUCUUCCGUAAACCAACUAAAGGAGGCGCUGAGUAACAGAGAUCGGGAGAUAGCUAGUCUCCGUCGCCAGCUUGAUGCAUCUCAGGUAGAGCUUGCAGAAACAGGAAGAGUGAAGGAAAUGGCUCUGAAGGAAAACAGAAGAUUACAAGAUGAUCUAGCGAUAAUGACCAGAGAAAACCAGACAGUCACUACUGAACUAGAAGAAGCAGUACGUGAAAAAGAAGAAAUGAAGACUAGAGUUCAUAAUUACAUAACUGAAGUCUCUAGAUUUGAAAGCUUAAUGGCUUCGAAGGAACAAGAAAAUCAAGAUUUGUUAGAGAAGUUCCGAACACUCCACAGCCAAGCUGAGGACUGGGAAGUCAAGGCCCAUCAAGCUGAGGGAGAAAGCAGCUCAAUACGUCUUGAACUCCUCUCUGUAGAUACCGAUAGAAGACAUCUUAGAGAGAGAGUGGAACUUUUAGAAAAAGAAAUUCAAGAGCAUAUCAGUGCACACCAAGCAUAUGAAUCUCAGCUCUCUUCAAUUACAAAAAAUAUGUCCAGAUUGGAAGAGGAUCUCAAAUACGAACAAGAAGAAAAGUCUUCUGUAUUAGCUGACCUGGCUUCUGUGAGGGAACUGUGCAUGAAACUUGAGUCUAGCAAAGAACAUUUUUCACGCCAGCUAACAUCCAAAAACCUGGAUUAUGAAAGGGUUCUGGCUGAAUUAGAAGAUAUAAAGUCUGAAGCAGAGCUUUUAAAAAAGCAAUUGUCCAGCGAACGACUUACUAUUCAGAAUCUUGAAACGCUGCUGGCUACUAGCAGAGACAAAGAGUUUCAGAAUCAUUUAAAAUCCCAUGAGAAAGAUUCAGAAAUUCAGUUACUUAAAGACAAACUAACACUUGCAGAGAGCAAACUAUACCAGCUGAAAGCGUGCAACAAUUUAAGAAAAUUCUUUGUUACUUCUCAUGAUAUUUUUAGAACCAGUCAUAAUAGAGAAGUUUCCAUGCUUCGAAGUAAAGUUGCACAGCUGCAGACGGACUAUGAUGUUUUAAAAAGGCAACUGACAACUGAACGAUUUGAACGAGAGCGCGCAAUUCAGGAAAUGCGUCGACAUGGUCUGUCCACAUCUUCUGUACAUACCUCAUCUCCACUUAGUUCAACAAUGAGAUCUCCUUCCCAUUCUCCAGAGCAUGCAAUUGUAAGAACAACCGAUCGAGCAGCAGCAGAAAAAAAUGUGAGCUUCAAGGAAUAACCAUACCUGGGAUAGUCUUAAAACUAAACCAGUAAUAGAAGGAUUAACUUGUUUCAAGGACUUUUGAAAAUUAUGAAGGUUGACAUGAAUUCUGCCUCUGACUUCGCUUCAAAUCAGUGAUAACUUGUGAAUUUGUGUGUGUUCGUGUCAUACAAUCAGACUUGAAAAUUCUAUUCUCCCAUUUAUCUGGGGUUGACAAGGUGUUUUUUUUAUGGGUGCUUUUCAUUGCCUGUCGAGGCACAAAAUUUAUGCAUUAUAACAAAGUUGCAUGGCAGUUUUUGCAAAGCUAGUAUAAUAGCUAUAUAAAUUUAUGGUACAAAAGAAGGAAGCUGAGUAAGAAUAACUGAUUUAACAACUUCUGAUUUCUCUGCUUAUUUAAAUUUGCUUAAAUCAGAUAUGGCUUCAGAAAUAUGUACAUACUACAGCAUGAGCGAAUAUUGAACAAAAACAGGUUUGGACUUUUUUAAAGAUUUGUUGAUGCACAGUAUAUUUGUUAUGCUUCUGGUGGAUUUCCAUGUGUUUUUGGAUUUUUUUACAAGUGUUUUCUGUUUACAUGUCAUUGCUUUUAUACACCCCAUGUCUUGCAGAAUGUCAGUUUAUUUUCAGAAUGGAUUAUUAUCCUCGCUGUAGAAUUUUCUUCUUAACAAAGAGCAGUGUCAAAUCAAUAAUUGUAUUUUAUAAAUUUACUUUAUAUGUCAUUUCUAAUAAAAAUAGUCUAGUCUUCUGGAAUACCA